CGCCGCGUAUACGAGUGCUAUAUACACAGACGAUUAUAUAUUUUUUUCCUUUCUCGCUAUCUCUUUCUGCCCGGCCCCUCCUCUCCUUCCUUCCUCCUCUCUCUCUCUCUCUCUCUCUCUCUCUCUCGCUCUCGCGCUCGGGCUCAGCUGUACAAUACGCGCUUGCUCUCUUUCUAUACAUAUACUCCGUUUCAGCCUUAUGCCGUGUAUGCUUUUGUCUCUGUCUUUCUCUCUAUACUCCGCGCUUUCUCAACGUUUGUGUUUUAAAUACACACGCACGAGCACUCACACAGUCUUGGUGCUAUUUACCCCCUCCUUUGUUGUCAUGGCGAGCGCUGCAACGGUGCAUCAGCACUGAUGGCGAUCAACACGAUCCAUCUGUGCACUGCGCAGUCUAAUACUUACUCGUUCGAUCUACGUUGUUCACACUUGCACAAGAGCGUUUUUCGUAGCACAAACUUUACAGUCCUCGCUUUUCUCUUUCUUUCGCGUCCGCGUACAUUCCACAUCUGCGCUCUCGAUGCUGCGCGUCUGCCGUCUCUUUCUCUCUCGCGUCGCGUAUAUACUUAUACAUAUACCUGCCUUGAAUAAAGCAGGAGUCUCGUAUUAUAGUAGGUAUACGAGAAAAACAAGGGGCACUCGUAUGUGUGUCCGCGCGCGUGUGUGUGUGUGUGUGUAUGAUACACGAGUCCGUUGGAUUCGCGCAAGCUGAUCUCCUCUAUAUUUUGUAAACAAAACUUACGUUCCCACUACUGCGAAUCUAAUUCCGGACGCACGCUGUAUUUACUUGUAUUAUUGUCUUAUCGGGGAAGAGUAAGCUGAUAUCGGAUUCUAAUUCGCCUUCUGUAAUCUUGUGUACAUUGCUACAAUCAUAUGCCAUAAAUGUGCGCGUCGGUGCAGAGGAGGACUCUGCAUCUUGAAAAAAAGAAUUAGCGGGUCGUCAACCUCUGCGGAUCAGAAAUCUCCUCUCGACUUUCUAUUUCGUUUCUUUUCUCGUUACGGCACAUUUAAACGAUUAUAUACCGCGCGUUAGCAGUUGCAUCAGAGCGGCGUUUAAUAAUAAAAGCUUGUAUAUUGGCUUGAAAUUAAUAACCAUUUUCAAAGCGGCAAGUUUGCAUACGUAGCUAUUAUACACGACGACGACGAGACUGCGCAAUCACGAGAGUAUUACAUACGUAUAUAUAACUUGGAAUUGUGCAUUCGCGCACCUGCGUCGUCGAUCUAGCUCCAAUAUAAGUAUAUAUAGUGGAACAAUCGUUUCCAUCACAGAGUCUAGCUCGGAAACGAUGUAAAAAAAAAAGCAGCUUGCAUAACAGGCCUCGGUAUGAGCCAAUCGCUUAUCUAGACUUGGAACAUUAUUAAACACGAGGCAUCGCUUGAUAUUUGUCAGCGCAUUUCAGACAACACACACACACACACACACACAAGCCAGUCGCGAUAUCGCGUUGUACGAUCUAUAGCUCUCGACAAGAGUCCUUGACCCACGUUUCAUUCCUCUCUCUCUCUCUCUCUCUCUCUCUCUCUCUCUCUCUCUCUCUCUCUCGCUCAGCUCUCCUCUCUGCAUAUACACAUCAUCGGAUAAACAGACAAUCCGCCCACGUCUGUUUAUACGAUUUGCGCGUAUGUUUGUUCGUAAUAAUGUCGAUCAGUGGUUGGGAUUCAAUUAGUCGUGAGCUUCGCUGAUGGGAAAGGAUCUUCAUCGUCGCUCGAACAACUUCUUUGUGCUUUGCUUUAAGAGACAAUGACAGCUUUAUUCGUAUUCCGAUUUAAAUUCACUCGUCCAUAUGACGAAUAAAAAUCCGCAGCCUACGCAGCAUAUCAGCUCGAGAAUCCUUUGGUAUGUGCGCGUCAAAUGCCUAUACCUACUGCGUCUCAUUGUGGCGAAUAACGUCGUCAUCGAAAAAAAAAAGCGCGCGUACUGCGUAGUAAGAAGCUGGGGUGACCAUAAGGCUCAUACGGAGAAACUUAACAAUUGAGUUGUGAACAAUAUAUUGCCCACUAUCAAUAAUCUAGCUUAGUCCAGCAUUUUGUUCAUCAGAAAAUCCAACAAGUAUCAGCUACACACACACACACACGCGCGCGCGUGCUUAAUGAUUAGUGGGCUUCACGUAGUAUUACACGCGCACGGUUCUCUCCCUCUUCUAUGUGCCAUUGAGAUAAAAAAGUGGGGGAAAUAUUUCGGCUCGACCCGAGUAUUCCAGGCUGCUAACAGAGAGGCGCAGGUCCGUCAGUCAUUGCCGGGAAUAAAUUCGGAUAUCGGAGGGGCUAGGGCUGCUCGUUUCUGCCCAAAGAUCACACUGAGCGUUAUUUGCGCCUUCAGUGAUUUUUUCGCCGGUUACUCUCUCACACACACGCACACACACACAGAGGAAGGAUUUUCGCUUCCCUUAUUUUCCGUUAUACUCCCAAGACUCGCCAAUAAUCGUCGGCGCUUAUCGCGAGUUAUGCAAACGCGCAUUAGUGCAACUGCGAAAAUAGCUCUCGGCUGCGUGUAAUCGAUGCUUUUAUUUAUACGCGUAUACUCCCUUUUUAUAUUCACGCAUAGGCUGUAUCAGGGCGAGUUUAGACAGGACGACGCGACUGGCAUAGUACGUCGAUCGUGCGAUGGAGCAAUCUAACUUUUCCCUGCUGCUGGAAAAUCAAUUACGAGGAACAGAGCACAGAGUGUUGUGUACAGUUUUUCGCCCUAAUGGGAAUUACUCGGAGCUCGGGAACUCUCGCUCGAGUGUAUAUAGAGUUUGCUUGCGCGAGACAUAAAUUUAAUUACGACAAAAGGCAACGGAUCUGUGCCGAGCGCGCGAGGCUGAGAUUAUUACUCUAUUAUAACACUGUAGAGAGAAAUUCAAAAUUAAAAAUAUCUUUCUCUCUGUGUGGAUCGCGGAGAGAGCGAUAUUGUUUACCUAUAUAAAUUCUUUCGACAUCGUGUAUACGAGAAUUUCAUUAUAAAACGUCGUCGCCACAUAGCUGCUGUGCAAUUUUGCGGCUUUUCUUCUCGGAGCUGUAUUUAGCUGUAUCUCUCUGGUUAAUUUCUGACUGAUUACAUUAGCAAGAUUAGGCCAUAUAUACCAAAGCCCGUGAGAUAUGUGACGUUGUCAGGGCACCCGCAGGUACCAGCCGCUUCGUUCACAGCUUUUUCGAAACAGCUCGCAGCCUUCGUCCUUUACAGCGAAUUUCGCUCUGCAAUAGCCUCGAUCCCGCAGUCUAGGCCCUGAAUUUCCCGCUGAAACCAGUCCGUCCGCAGCGCGAAAAAGAAUCAAAGGGCUCCACGUCGUGUAUACGUGACUGGCGUCGCGUCGUGUUUUCGAGCUCGUAGUAGUACUAUAUAUUAUGCGGUUGAGUCUGUCUCUCUCAGUCGGACGGGCGCAGGUUGCCACCGUUGCGCUCCGCGACGCGGCUAUAGUAGCGUAAACACGAGCCUCGUUUCAAUAAUAAACACCAGCCGACCUCAGUCACUCCCCCCCCCCCACCUACUCUCUUCCCUUCUCCGUAGUAUUAUAUAGUAGCUGCUGUCUCUUUCAUCGCGUUCUUUUACGUCUCUUUUUUCAAAUCCUACUAUGUACUGCUGCUGUACCGGACGGAGCGGUGCGAACCAUUUAAAGAGCUUUUCUAAUUAGCCGCUUCUUUUUCGAUUUCGUGCAGCCAUUUGUCGUCGUUAGGCUGCCGGUGAUCCACUUUGAAGAGACGCGAUGUGCACGUUUCGAAUUUUCACUGAAGAUCCUAGUUCUGCGGAGAUGAAUUGAGAGAAGAAAAACUGGUUUCACGUUAAUAUAAGCGAGUGGAUAAUAUUGCCAUUCAGGAGAUGCAGAUGCAAAUUGGAGUCUCCGAUUCUUCCGAGAAUUAAGAAUUAAAAGUCGCGAUGCAAAUUUAAAAAUAGAAACUUCAAGCUAUAAAUAUGUAGCGACGCAUAGGUAAUCGAGCCUCUAAUUCUCCUCUCGACCAAUCAAUCUUCAUGACGAUCAAGCUCGCCACGUAUAACCUCGCGGAUAUUCAUUACUUUCAAUUAUAUCCACUGCUUUAAAGAGACUUUAAUCGCGUUUCGUUAAACAACGCGCUGCGGCACUUCCUAACUAUAAUCGAACGAUUUUCCCUCGGAGGCAAAAAGUAGGUGAGCGCAUUGCUGAAGCUAACUUUUUCCGACGGCUACACUUACACGCGCACACAACGCCAGUGAGCUAAUAUACCGCGCUGCGCGCGCAUCAUCUCUUUUCCCUCUUUUAUACCUAUAUACACUCGACUCAUUUUUCACCGCCUCUACGUUUUCGACGUUGUGCGCCUUUUUUCGCUAUAGCUAAAAACGACACUAAUACGAAUCCAUUUUGUAUUGGGAGCUGCUAUCCGGUUGUAUCGAGAGCCGAGCUCUCGUCGUGUGUGCAAAGUUUGUCAACUCUUCUGCUGCAGCGACGGGUUUAAUUGCUAAUCGAUUUUAUCCAGCGGCUUGUUAUUGUGCACCUCUGCACGCUGGAAUCUGGAAUUUACUGCUCUUGCGCGGAGAUGAGGAACUUUUAAUUAUUAUCGUCGUGGAUGAUACUUCCUCGCGAGUUUGAAAGUUCGAGCGUUUUUUGUGGCAAGUUUGUAAUUAGAGGAAAAUCGCACUCGUAACUUUUCAUUCCAGCGGCUUUGACGAACUUUUUAUAGCAUAAAUCACCUUCUCGUUUUUGGCUACGUUUCUCGAAUUUGUUUGCUUUGGUCAUUCGGUAUAUCCUACGAAUAUAGCGAUAGUGUUCCGCGAGACGGUUAUUGUAACCUAGAUAAAAAAAACGAGAGAAAAGUCAUUCCAGAGGUGUCAGCUUUAAUCUUUUUAAUUCUCAUUUUAAUUCUGGAAGCUUAUGCUCCCGCUGCGUUGAGUUGUUAUUAUUGGUCGUCGGAUGAUAUUCGCCGGAGCUGCGCUGCGGUAGCACAACAACGCUUAGCAACUCGGGCGGAUGAUCGCAUUAAAUUCUCGCUCUCUCUCUCUCUCUCUCUCUCUCUCUCUCUCUUUCUCUGAUGAUGAUGCUGCUGCGGAGAGGAUAUUCUUUAGCGACGAUAAAAACGCUGCACUGACAGCACAGUAUAAGGAUCUUUACUGGGUUAAACGCGCGCAUCCGUAUACUAUGCUUAUCGAAGAUUGGAUUGUGCUAGUAUAUGCCAAACUAACUCUGUAUUAGGUUCGUUUGUGUGUGGGUGUGUGUGUGUGCAAACGAAUGCGCUGAAACAGCGAGAGGAGGCAAAAAUACACGUCGAGAUGGUUUUACUUCGGAAAAAAGAGCCGACGUCGCGCCAUUGAAAUCUCAUGCGCCGACCGUAGCGAGAAUAAAAAACUGACGAGUCACACAAGUCGCGCAGUCCCUCCUCUUUUUGAUGCGCGGAAUAACUAGAUUUAUAUAUCGUGCAUUCAUCAUAUGCAUACGAGUUGAAUUUUCCCGAAACCAGUAAUACCUUAUUUUAAAGCAACAAUAUUAUCGGCCGUCAUUGUCGCUCAGCAAAAAUACCAAGAACUAAUUCACUUUAUUCGAACAAAGUUUUCAACUCGACGCAGCAACGAAGGUCGGCGUAAUGAUAUAAUACGCGCAUUACAAUUAGCCGAAGUUUAUUUAACAACGAUGCGCCGCAAUAAGUUGUAUAUAUCGGAUUGCUUAUCGCUAGUGCUCGACUUUUUGAAAUCUUCAUCGAAGCUUAUGCAAAAUAGGCCACUUUCACUCUGCCGAAUAUGCAAAUUGGUUUUUAUCGAAAAAUCAAUAUUCGCGACGCGCGCUCUAUUAAAUAAUACAGUAUGCUCGCGGCGUUGCGCAACCGCACCUAUACUAAGUAUUGGAUUUAGAGACUGUAUACAAUUCAGUUAUAAUGUUAUGGACUUGACUACGAUGUGCAAUAUUUCAUGUAGAUAUACACCGGCGGCUUCUGCAAAUCAUCGUAAUGAUGUCUUAUUGCAAUGUAACCAAAUGCUUAUAUACUGGUCGCAAUCGGUUUCACGUCGACGAAACGCCUGAAUUAUGCGCUAAACGCAGAUUUGCUUGGCAAAUCAUCACUCGAAUAUUUCACGGUACAUUGUGCAAAUAUGUGUGACAUUUCGCGUACACGUUCCACCAGACCGAGCGCAUCACUUUUGCAAAACUCCCUUCCAAUACAGCAAUUAAUCUAUCGCAACAACUAAUAGCCCGCAGUAGUACACGCGCUAUAUCCAAACGCAAGAGAAGCCAUAUGCACAUCGGUGCAACUCGGGAGAGCAAACCAAAUCGAUGCUCUCCCGCCUAUAAUCAGUCGAAAUUAGCGUCGCGCGUCGGCGCAACUUUCAUUUCUGGCCAGAUCACGGAUCAACACACGCGACAUCUGGAAGGAAAGUCUGCUACGCGUAAGCUGAUUCGAAGAUCGCGUAUGCGCGAAAAAAAGAGCACAAGGUAUAUAUAGGUGUCCCCUCGCGCGGGAGAGGAAGUCGAUGCAAUAACCCAUGCACACAUCGAUUACAUCCUGCAAUAUCCCCUACUCUCUCAUACAUAUACGAAUCCGCGUAAAGAGCCAGGCUUAUAUACGCGCAAAUCGACGUCGCAAGAGAUCCAUAUACUGUCCAGCCGGUGCGGAGCUCGCGUCGAGUUAUAUACGCCUUUCUCUUUUUCCGCGCGAGGAUAAGAGCCCGGGAACCGGCCGCUUUCACGCCCUUUUCGCGACCGUCAGCGCGCUGCACUUAAUACCGCGUCUCAGUGCAUAUAGGACGCAUUUUUCGCUCGCGCGCGUGCUCGACCUUCGCCGCUGCGGUGAGAUAAGAUUUAUCGAGGCGAGUCUCCUUAGUUUGUCGCGCUGUAACCUGUGCCGAAGGAUUCGGAAGAGGCUGAGACCUGCUCGAGCUGCGCCGCCAGAGAUUAAACUGCGAGAGAGAGAGACGCCCACGCUCGGAUGUACCAGUGUUAUAUAUAGACGCGCGCACAUCCCAGCAUCAGCCAAGGAUGACGCACGGCUUGGAGUUUCGGCGUUAUGCCGCACUUGUCGGCUGCUGCUGGCUCUCGUUACUUCUCGGCGCUGUCGCUCAGGACCUCAGUACUAACGAAGCGGGGAAUAUCAAUACAUCCGCGUGGAGUAUGAGCAGUUUCACGCUUGAAUAGCGAUGCGCACUCGAUGGAUCGGGCUGUCGAUGCUUUUACUCGCUUUCUGCCGAUCCUGCGCAGUCUCAAGAUCAACGCAACAGGAGGCGAGCCGAGCAAGAGUCGAACGAUCGUUUGCCCGAACGACCCACCCAACACCCUGACGCGUCUCCUCGGCGUCAUCUGCGAGAAGAGCUCCGACUGCCAGUUCCUCGGAACGGAUCAGCGCUGCUGUAAGGGCAUCUGCAGGAAGGGCAACGAGCCGCCUAUUUACGAGCCGCCGCAUGGAGACGUUUUGGGAAUCCGGCGCAAAUGCCCGUCGUACACGUUCCCCGAGAGAUUGCCCGUGAAACGCUGUUCGAAAGACGAGGACUGCGAAGGCUUGAAUCGUAUUUGCUGUCCCGAUAAGAAAGAUAGAUUGCUGUAUUGUCGCACCGCAGCUCCGAUUUGGUCAGAGCUGCCGUUUCCGGAAAACAUUGACACCUUGAAGACUUUGGUCGGAUUCGUGCAGUGUCAACCGGCACCACCGUCGAUAAUCGACAUAUUCGCGCGACCGUGUAAUCGAACAUUGGAUUGCGUACCGAAUUUAUGCUGCCAAGAAGGCUCGAAGAAGAUUUGCAGGCCACCAAAGAGAUCAGUCUUGAGCCUAGCCGUUCAAGCGACAACUAGACUAAUCAAAGGAUGAAGGAAGAGAGGGCAGCGUGAAGUUGCGAAUUAAUUCAAAGAUCCAUUGUUAAGUUUUUUAAAGCUGUUUUACUGAUUUUCUGCCAUAUACAGUUGGGACAUUCAUAAACGAUGAAUGUGAGAUCUGACUAUUUCAAAAAAUCAGUCAAGCCAAUUUUAACAUCUAAUCCAGCUGUAGCAAGAAAAAAAUUAAAAAAUUAUUAGUCAUGUCGUGAUGUAUAUAUGAGAUUUUACAAAAUCAUGUAUUACUAAUUUUAAAAAUACUCUUACUCAUUGUAUUGAUACAUUUUGUACUUGUAAAUAAGUAAGCAAAUAAAGUUAUCUUAUGCACGUUGAAAAUAAAGUUAAACUAUUGAAUAAA